CAGUACAACACAGUAGAACACAACCUGAGCUAUUGAUUCAGUCCUGCGCAGUUGUGUCGUUUGAAUUUUUAGCAAAGCUUCCAUAAGAACAUCAGAAUGAAGGCAAUCUUAAGUGUGUGUACUUUUUUGGUGCUUAUUCUGCAUCUGACCCAAGGCUGUCCUUGGACGCAGCAUAAAUUUCAGCAGUAUAGCAGGAAAUGUCUGACUUUGCUGGAAGAGAUGGGUGAAAAGAUAGUCGAUGAGAGCGUGGGAGUUCAUUUUCCUGAGGAGUUGUACAAACUUGCAAGGAAGUCACAGCCUCAAAGGCUCACCUGGUUCAUAUCCCAGGUCCUGGACGAGGUGUCCCAGCUCCUGGAGGAGGAUCUGGACACGGUGGCCUGGGACGAGAAGAAGAUGAAGGACUUCAUGAGCACCCUAGACACACAACUGGAGGGCACUGAGUCAUGUGAGGACGAGGCCCAGGCAUGGGAGCUGAUCAGGAAGGAGGUGUUAGAAUUAUUUAAUUUUUACGAACAAAGUUUUACUUAUUUUUAA